AUGUACCACGUAACACCAUUGCAGUUCAACACUGUGCAACCGCGUCUGUACAGGGGUUCGUGCCCGCGGGAGAUCAAUUUCACCUUCCUGGAGACUCUACAACUGACAAGCAUUGUAUCUGUGACGAAGGGCCCGCCCACCGAUGAGCUGGCGAACUUCUGUAAGAAACACAACAUCACGGUCAAACAUAUACCGCUGCCCAAGUCUGGCAAGCAGUCCGGCGACAAGAAGGUCAAACGGAAGAGGGAGCCUGUUCCGAUUGGAUACGUAACCGUCAGAGACACCAUCCAGUUUCUAAUGGAUAGGAGGAACUACCCUGUGUACUUGCACUGCGGCAACGGCGAGCUGGUCACGUCGCUGAUCGUAGCGUGUCUGCGAAAGUUUUCCUACUGGAGCACUGUGUCGAUACUGAACGAGUUCCUAGUCUACAACUCCAGCAUCAACGUCCACGAGAGGGACUUCAUAGAGAAAUUCCACCCGGAGAUGGUCCCCCUAAGCGGUCUGUCUGCAGAAAACAGGGUUCUCUGGAUUAGUAAUCGGUUCCUUGUGCCGGACAGCUCUGCGCAAAGCACUGGGGAUCAAGAUACGUUGAAGUUCCGUGUGCUGCAGUGA